AUGCCCCCUUCUCCCUCCCUGGAUCUGGCCACAGUGUCACCUCUGCCCCCUACAGGAUCGGUUCCAAAGUGUUUACAGGCUGUUGAAGAAUUUGGCUAUCCACUAAGAGUACGUGCUGAUCAAGGAGGAGAGAAUGUAGAUGGUGCUCGCUUAAUGUUCAGUGUUUGGGGCCCAGACAGUGGUUGCUUUUAUGCAGGAAAAAGUGUUCAUAAUCAGAGGAUAGAGCGCCUUUGGCGCGAUGUUUGGAUGGGGGUCACCAGUGUGUUCUACCACACUUUUCACAUGAUGGAAGAAGAAGGCCUCUUUGAUCUAAGUGAUGCCACUCAUCUCUUCUGCCUCCAUUAUGUGUUCCAUAAAGGAUGGGACAAUCACCCUUUAAGAACGGAGCAAAACAUGACCCCUAACCAGUUGUGGUUGGCUGGGCAGAUCCAUCACCACAUUCCAAAUCCAAUGGACUUAAACAUUCCUGACAUUGAUUGGGACGAGAGUGGGGAGGUCCCUGAGGAAAAUGUUGGGGUCCAAGUACCAGACCUGGAGAGCCCACUUACUGCGCAGCAGCUGAGCACAUUGUCUGUCCACAUCGACCCUCUGCAGCCAUCAGAGUCAAAUGGCACCUCCCACCCGAUCCAGAAUUUCAGCAGCUGGCGCAGGUGGUCUGAAGAUGCUAAACAAAUAGAGGACAUAGUUUGA